UGUGGAGGUUAUUAUCGUCGAAGUAAACCCUCGAUAUUGAGCACGGCUUUAUGUACCGCUUUGCCAGUAAACAAUGCGUCGCUCCGAUCGAUGUGCUAUCGAUUUGAGGUUCUUUGGUCGGAUUCUCUCCCUCAGUCCUCGGAUCGCAUCUACUAUGAUCUCAGCUUCACGCCUGCUUUCCGGAUGGCAGAUUAAGAUGGCUUCACAAGAAAAUAUCACUGCUUUUGCUGAUGGCUGCUAACUUAUAAACUAUUCCAUAUUUUUGGAUUAUUGAGUAUAUUGGCAUUUGGGGUAUUUAUUUAUAUACUGUAAAGGUAGAGCCUGCCAAACUCGAAGGUUCAUUGAUACGAGAUUUCAAGAGAAAUGGUUAAGAUAGAAGAUUGCUCAGACAGUGGUAGUUCAUCUGACCUUGAAAUUGUGGAUCAAAGAACAACUCAGGUCUCUUCCUCAGCUUCUAAAUCGAGAUGUGCACAGGAUUCCGGAGAUGAGCGAAGCUUUCCAAGCUCAUCUUCUAGUCAGUUGAAGUCUUACUUUGUCGGCAUGGGGUUUGCACCAGCUCUAGUUGACAAAGUUUUCCAAGAAAAUGGUGAAGCUGAUACAGAGUUGUUAUUAGAGGUUCUUAUCAAACUGUCGAGUUCAAGCACUGAAGUAUCCAAUUGUUUGGAUGACUUUUCAAGUUUUGUUAAGGAAGAGACCGAUGUUGAGUGGGAUGAUGAUAUUGAUACUAAGGAUUCCAGUUUGCCUUCUUUUCAAGAUGGAGACAAGAGAUCAUACCUUCUGAUGAUGAACUUUUCAGAAGAAGAAGUAGAUUUGGCAAUUAACCAGCUUGGUGAAGAUGCUAACUUGCCAGAACUUGCUGAUUUCAUAGUUACUGCUCAAACAGUGGGCUCUUCAAGAGUCAACGAUAUACAAAAUGAUGAGGAACCUGCUUCAGAGGCUUUAUUCGGGACGAUGGAUAAGACACUUCACUUGCUUCAAAUGGGUUUCACAGAAGAAGAAGUAUCAACAGCCAUUGAUAUUUAUGGUUCAGAAGUUUCUGUACAGAAGCUUGCUGAUUCAAUUUUUGUGAGGCGGGACAAGUUAAAAACACAGGGUCCAGGUUUUGUUGGAAAUAACAUAAAAGCUGAAUCAGAUUAUAUUGAAGAUGUUGCAGAAGAAACCAGAGUUGGUUAUUCUGCAUCUGGGACUUGGGAAUCCAAUGCAUCAAGUUCCAAUUAUGACCCUUAUGACUAUGAAGAAAAGGUAAGAGUGAAAAAGGCCAGAGGUACAAUUUUGAAUGAUGAAACAUUUUUCAGUCAUGGUGCACAGCAUCCUAAAUGGGAGUCAGCAUCAGAGAGUAAACCUUAUCCUUAUGGUGAGUAUGGGAAGUCAGGUUCAUCAUGUGUGAAGGAGGAAUUUCCUGAAAGAAAGAUGCCUAAUCCAAAUGGAAAUGUUCGUGCAACUGAGUCCAAGUUACCUUAUUUUUUCUAUGCAAAUGUUGUGGAUAUAUCAGAAGAAACAUGGAGAAGGCUUUCAGGAUUUCUGUAUGGUACUGAACCAGAAUUGGGGAAUUGCCAAUACUUUUCAGCUUUCAUAAGAAAAGAAGGUUAUAUGCACAAUCUCCCAAAGGAAAGAAGAUUUAAGAUCCUCCCUGAGCCUCCCAUGACUCUCCAAGAUGCAUUGCCUCAUACUAGAAAGUGGUGGCCCUCGUGGGAUACUCGGAAACAGUUGAGCUGCAUUAACACUGAGAAAGUUGUUCCUUUGGUGUUCGAGCAGCUAAGAAAGAUUAUGAUUGAUUCACAAGGAAUGGUUUCCAAAGAGCAACAAAUGAAAAUUCUUCACCAAUGCAAAACAUUAAACCUGAUGUGGGUGGAUAAAUACAAAUUGACUCCCAUUGAACCUGAAGAAGUUGAGUGCAUUUUAGGUUAUCCAAGGAAUCAUACUCAAAUUUUUGAACUAGAGCCUCAUGAAAGACUUAGAGCACUCAAAUUCAGUAUUCAGACUGAUACACUUGGUUAUUACUUUUCACCUUUGAAGGCUCAAUUUCCAGAUGGAAUGAGAGUGUUAUCUGUCUACAGCGGUAUAGGUGGUGCUGAAGUUGCCUUGCACCGACUUGGUAUUCAUCUUAAAUGUGUUGUCUCGGUAGAAGCAUCUGAAGUCAAUAGAAAGAUCAUGAAGAGAUGGUGGCAAUGUACCAGACAAUCCGGUGAGCUGAUACAGAUUGGAGGAAUCGAAAAGUUGACAACACAGGUGCUUGAAAGCUUUGUCCAAAAAUUUGGUGGUUUUGAUCUCAUUCUUGGUGGGAACCCUGGCCCUUACGUUUUGGGUGGCUUUAAUGUGAGUAGCAUGAUGGGAAUGGACCAAAACCUGUUUUUUGAAUUUGUUCGUGUGUUCCAAAGAGUGAGAAGUACAAUGAGGAGAAACAACUGAUGACCACUUCAACUAAUAUCUCGAUCGGCUUCCUGUGUUUAACUCUAUUUUCAACUUUGGUACUAAGAUCUUCUGGCAUAUCUUGUGAUUCUUGUCUUUCUUUGUCCUCCUUUCAACUUUGGCGCUUUGUUGCAUGUGUGAUUGUAAUAACUUGUCCAACUUUGACACACUGUAACCUCAAAUUUUCUAAAACUUGAGCCAUAAAUAAAUACAAAAUAAUCUUGCAGACAA